AUGGCGCCCCCAGGUCGACCGCGCCGCGCGUCCGCUGACGUCGCGGCGUUGAAAAUCGCCACGCAGUCCGCCGAACAGUCAUGUCCUAAUCGCGCGCGCAGCGCCGCGGCCGCCACGCCGUCAGGGACGCGCGCCGCGUCGAGGGGGACGAGAACGCGCCGCCGCCGGCGAAGAAGAAGCGUCGGCGCGCACGCUCAGCGUCGUCGGGUCGAUCCGUCCGCGCCCGCGCCCGAAACGCCGGACGUCGACGACGACCGCGCCCUGGGCGGCGGCGGCCUGGCAGCGCGCGUCGACGAACUCGAAGACCUGCUGAGAGCCACGAGGACGGAGCUCGCCGCCGCGAGAGCGACGAUCGCGGAGUACGCGGAGAUGCACCCGACGUUCGACGCGAACGAACAGCUCGCGAGCGUCGUUUUCUCGCACGUGACGGACGUCCGAACGCGCGUCGCUCUCGCGCAGGUGAACACGGCGUGGAGGAAGGCGUCGAAAGUCGCGUCUUCGCUGCCGCCCUCGCUCGACUUCACGGGGUGUCCGGUCAAGGUGAACGCGGAUAAGCUGUGGACCACGAAGUGUGAAUACGUCCUUGGGAUCGAAGGCGUGCUCGAUCUGCCAGAAUCGCACUUUCACGGCCUUCUCGAACAGGCGGGGGCUGACUUGUCCACCAGUGGAAAGCAGUGCAACCUCGGUUUUUUCUAUGACCGCGCGGAGCGUUACGACAAGGCGCUGGAGUGGAACAUGAAGGGAGCGCGUCAGGGCUGCAGGAAUUGUGAGUUUAACAUCGGAGUUUUCUACAACGACGGCCGCGGCGUGGAGAAAAACAUCGACACGGCGCUGGAAUGGUACACAAAGUCGGCCAAGAAGGGUCACGCCAGAGCACAAAGGCAGGCCGGCAACAUCCACUUAGGCAAGGGACGAUAUGAAGAGGCGUUCAAGUGGCUCACGAAAUCGGCCGCUCAAGGCGACACUAUCGCGAUAUCAAACCUCGCGACGUGCUACGAGUUAGGCAAAGGCGUGAAGAAGGACAUUCCCGAGGCGCUCAAACUGUACGCGAAAGCCGCCGAGAAGGGCCUCGCUACGGCGAAAGUAAACCUCCGUCGUCUGAUCGAUGAGAUGCGGUGAACUACGCGCAACAACUUAGACGCGACGUCUCCGAGUCUGAUGAUAUAAAGUCGCUAUCUUAUACCU